AUGUUCGCCGAGGCGUUCGAGGAAGCCGAAGCGGCGGUCGAAGCCGAAGUCGUCGAAGUCGUCGAAGACGUCGUCGCGAAGCGAGACGGCGCGGCGGUCGGGGCGGUUCUGGUUCCGGCCGCGUGCGUCGUCGCCGUCGCGGCGCUCGCGUGCGUGACGUAUGCACAGCGGUACGCGUUAAUGUUGUGGGCGACGAAGGCGUUGGAUCAGUGGGAGGCGAACGAUCCAAACUUUCCGAGCAAGCAGCUGCGAUGGCAACAACUCUUGGACGAGGAGGUGAGCAAGAGGGAGGCUUUGAACGAGGAAUGGCUCGAGCGAUUACAGGCGGAAAAGGCGAAAACCAAAGCGAACGCGGAUGAGAUGCAACAGCGCAUCGAAGAAGAACGCGCGCUCGCGCUGGACAUGCGCGCGAACGCGACGGCUCUGGAAACCGAGUUCAGAGCGCUCAUCGACGAACAACGCGCCGCCUCUGGGGCGCGCGAAGAAGAGUUACACGGACGCAUCGUCGAGGAACAGGCCAAGUUCGCGAGUCUUUCCGCGGAGGCUGGAUCUCUCCGCGAGCAAAUCAGUUCGCUCGAGGCGCAGUUGACGAGGAAGUCGGAUUCAUCAAACGACUUGAAAGAAGAGCUACUCUCGGCGCGACGGGCUGAAGAAGUCGUCAAAUCCGAACUCGCCGGCGUGUGUGCGGCGAAGGAUGCGCUCGCGCGACAGCUCGACGAAGUGCGUACGAAUCUCACGUGGGAAACUUCGAAGGCGAGCGAGCUCGAGGAACAGCUCAGCGCGCUCAAGUCUGAGCUCGCCAGCGCUCGCGACGCGAGGGCCGAACUUGAGCGAGAGCUCGAAGGCGCCCGCGCUAACCUCGCCGUUGAGUCGUCGAACGAGCACGAGCUCGAAGAACAGCUCAGUGCGCUCAAGUCUGAGCUCGCCAGCGCUCGCGACGCGAGGGUCGAACUUGAGCGAGAGCUCGAAGGCGCCCGCGCUAACCUCGCCGUUGAGUCGUCGAACGAGCACGAGCUCGAAGAACAGCUCAGUGCGCUCAAGUCUGAGCUCGCCAGCGCUCGCGACGCGAGGGUCGAACUUGAGCGAGAGCUCGACGCCAUGCGCGACGGAUUUGAAGCACAACUCGAGGCGCAGAAAGGCGCUGGCGCCGAUAUGAAACUCGAAUCAGAGCGUCUCGAGGAACUGGUCGCGAAAUUGAAGAACGAAAUCGAGGCGAACAGUGUGCUUCGCGAGCGAAUGCAAACCGAAAAGCAAGCGGAAGACUCCUACGUGACGGCCCUCAACGAGGAGAUUGAGGCUUUGCGCUUGGAGUUGCACGCGGCGCAAGCGCACGCGGCGCAAGCGCUCGGGCAGUACGCUGAACUUGAUUCUGCGCUACCAAAGAUCAUCGACGCAGUCGACCGCUUGCGCAGUCUUACGAGCAUGGUAAACGAAGAUAGCCCGAUCGUAGAGCACACGUUCAGCGUCGCCGACGUACCACCACCGCAGCCGAACGAGUUCCUCGUCAUCGUCGGUUCAUGGAAUGACUGGGAUCUCGCCACGGGCGUCGCGAUGUCGUACGACCCCGAUGGCAGCUGGAAAGCGCUUGUUGAGCUUCAGUCUGACAUCGUGUACGAGUAUAAGGUUUGUGUUUGUUCGGGGUCCGAUGAAGAGCGCGUGCCCCAGGCCUGGCAAUCCGGCGCAAACUCGGCGUUUGCGAUCGCCUCCUCGUUGAUCAACGAACAAGGUUUAGCGCCUAAGGCGACGGUGAUGAGUCACUGGGUCGCAGAUCCUGCGAACGCGCCAAUUAUGAUGUUCGGUCCCGACGGCGAAAAGUUCACGUUGAGCUCCACUCAACUCAUGACCGAUCUUCCUGCUAACUUAAUCACGGACACGCUCGAGGAUCUGUCGCACGUCAUCUCCGAGGUGACGAGGGGAAUCGACAACGACAUCCUCAAUACCAAGCAGCACGCGGCGACGGCUUCGCGUUAA